CCGGAGGCUGUACAGGCGUGCUUAGCCUCGGCUGAGGCGAUUUGGCGGGUAAUACUUUUGUAUAUUUCUGAUUUCGGUCUGCGCAUAGUCUGAAGCAGGACCUGAGUGAUGCUAAAGUAACUUUUAAGAAGUGUGCGAAAUGUUGUCAACACCAACAGAGGAAAGAAAGUACUUUUGCAGCCCUGAGGCGAAUAGCAGACUGGAACUGCAGGGCCGUGUACCGCGCGAGCCUCAGGACGAAGGUGGGAUCAUGGCGUCUAUCGCUGGGGCGAACCAAACCAAGAUGGGCAUAGCCUCUCAGACCCAUAAUAUAAAAAAAGAAGCCAUGCUGCUGUUCCAGAAGACCCGUGCCGAUAACUCUCUGGUUCUCCUGACGAGGAAGUUUGCUCAGAGGCUAAAUCACUGUCUAGGUGGAGUGGUGGACCUCAACUUGGUCUCAUCGGAGCUCAAAGUGUCCAAGAGGCGUCUGUACGACAUCACCAACGUGUUGGAAGGGAUCAAUCUCAUGAAGAAGACGCACAAAAACCACCACCAGUGGUUGGGCGGCCCUGUGGAGGACAGCCUCGCCAGAAGCCUGGAGGCUCUGAUCGAGGAGGAGGAGAAGCUGGACGAACUCAUCCAAAUCUGCGCCCGGCAGAUCAGCAGGCUGUGCGAGGAGAACCUGCACGACAGGUACGCCUACCUGACGUACGAGGACAUCAGGAGCAUUUCGAGUUUUGAGCAGCAGACUGUGAUUGUGAUCAAAGCUCCGCCCGAGACUCGCCUUCAGGUGCCACAUCCAGAGGAGAGCUUGCAGAUUCACCUCAGAAGCACCAACAGACCCAUCGAUGUCUUCCUCUGCUCUGACACACCGGUUGCCAUGGAGACGGCGGCUGCGGGCAGCGCCAGCGGUGGACAGGCCCAGCUACCCGCCUGUGUUAAAUACUCCUCUGCACCUCCAUCCUUCUCAAUGCAGACGUCGACUGAAGAGGAUCCUAACAGUAGCUGUGAAACGAAGGGUUUCUCAAACCCAGAGUCUGAGGUGACACCACACUCGACACUGUUAAGUUUCAUCCCUUUGACGAACUCGUGCUGUAUCCCCCCAAAACUCGAGCAUAGCUACGCCAUUUCGUCUCCGAUCUCCUCCCUUGGCGAGGAGCGUUGCCUCAUCAGCCUGACCACAGAUGAAGGCAUCACAAAGUUCUCCUCAGCCUGACAUGGAGAUGCUGCGUUGCUGAACAGACUCGGUUGGAAUUGUCAUUCAGGCUGAGGGGAAAUAAAAAAACAAACAAAACAGAAAAACACUACUCGCUCAAAGUAAUUUUUUGUUUUGGAACAUUUACUACCUCAGAGGAAACGUCACACUGGAUCUGCUCCGGAAAUGCUAAGAAAUUCAGGCUUGUUGGGCUACACUGUUCAUCUAUCUGAGAUUAUUAAUCUGUUUAAGAUUGAGUUAAACAGAUUAACGUGGAUAAUUUUUCCUGCUGGAUGUCAAAUGAACUGUAAAGACAUUAUAAAGGAACAAACCCGGUUAUAGGAUGUGACUUGAAUUCACUCACUGAUUUAAAAAUAAGGUAAGAUCCUCGAAGAAUCAUUCAACGUUGGAUGUAGUUUGCUGCAAAGGCGGAGCAGAGUUGGAUAUGUUUUAUUUUCAAAGUGCUCCACCAUGAAUGGGCAACACAGGGCAUAAAUAGUGUCAUCAUGGGUGGCAUGAUGAUGUCACCAGGGAGUUUCCAAAGCAUCUGACAGCCAUUCUGUCAUCCCAUGGUGUCUUGAAAACACAUCCAUAUUUUGUACCCACGCUCUGGGUCCCAAGACUCCAAACCUAUUUCCACUUUUUGCCUGUAAGCCGUGCCUUUCAUAUCCAUGUACUUUACCAUUUUUUAUUGUUUUGGUCUGCAGGUGUUCUUGAUGAAUAAAAGGAUCGUAGAAUGCA